AUGACUAUUUUCAGAGGUUUAGGAUUUUAUGAUAAAGUUUCUGUUUGGUUUUCUUUUGGAGGACUACUUUCUAGAAUUUCUAAUGAAUUUGGGGAAGAUUGGCUUUCUUUUAUAAUGUUGUUUUUGAAUUUCUGAAUUUGUAGAUUAAUGUUAUUAGCUAGAGAGAAGAUUUAUUUAAAGAAUUUUGGCUGUUUUUUUAUGUUUGUGGUUUUAGUAAUGAUGUUAUCUUUAUACUUAACUUUUAGUUCUUUGAAUUUAUUUAUUUGAUAUUUUUUUGAGGUUAGUUUAAUUCCAAUUUUAAUUUUAAUUGUCGUUUGAGGAUACCAACCGGAGCGUUUACAAGCUGGAAUUUAUUUAUUAUUUUAUUCUUUGUUAGCUUCUUUACCGAUAAUGAUUUUUUUGUUUUUUUAUGGAAAGUUUUAUUCUUUACAUUAUUUUUGCUUGUCUGGAAUAGUAAACAGCUUAUUUAUUUAUUUAUUGGUUAAUAUAGUAUUUUUUAUUAAAAUUCCAAUAUUUUUUGUUUAUUUGUGACUUCCAAAAGCUCAUGUUGAGGCUCCUGUUUCGCGAUCAAUGAUUUUGGCAGGGAUUAUGUUGAAAUUAGGGUGAUAUAGGAUAAUACGGUUAAUGAUUAUAUUUCAGGAAAUUGGUAUAUUAAUUAAUGUUAUUUUUAUUGUAUUAAGAUUAGUUGGUGGAUUUUAUGUUUCGUUAAUUUGUUUACAUCAAAGUGAUAUGAAAUUUUUAAUUGCGUACUCUUCAGUAAGACAUAUAGGGUUGGUAUUGGCAGGAGUAAUAACAAUUAAUUUUUGGAGAUUGGGAGGUUCACUAACAAUGAUGGUGGCUCACGGAUUGUGCUCUUCUGGACUUUUUUGUUUAACAAAUAUUUCUUAUGAACGUCUUCAUAGACGUAGUCUUUAUAUUAAUAAGAGUUUUAAUGUAAUACCUAACUUGUCAAUAAUUUGAUUUCUUUUUAUUGUUCUUAUUAAUAAAUUAGUACGAUUUAGUGAACUAAGAAUAUUUUUUUUAAUAUUAGUUUCUUUUUUUGAAGCCGUAUAUUCAUUGUUUUUAUACUCUUACAGUCAACAUGGUUGUUUAUAUUCGGGAUGUUAUUCUCAUUUUUGUUGUAGGGUUUGAGAAUUUCUUUUAUUAAUAUUACAUUGAUUACCCUUAAAUUUACUAGUUUUGAGAGGAGAUUUAUUGAACAGUUUUUUUUUUAGAAUUUAUUUUAUUGUUGGAGGAUUAACUUGAUUUUUGGAACUUAAUUUGUUAAUAAUUAAUUCUAGAAGAUUUGUAAUAACUUUUUUGUUUGAUUAAAUAACUUUCCUUUUUAUAAAAUUUGUAUUAUUUAUUUCUAGUAUAGUAAUUUUUUAUAGGCGUGAAUAUAUAGCUGGAGAAUCUAUUAACCGAUUUAUUAUAUUAGUAGUUAUAUUUGUAUUUUCUAUAAAGUUUUUAAUUGUGAGUCCUUAUUUGAUUAGAAUUUUAUUGGGGUGAGACGGAUUAGGUAUAGUUGGUUACUGUUUAGUAAUUUAUUAUAAUUAUGUUAAAUCUUUUAAUGCGGGCAUGCUUACUGCUUUAAGAUAUCGGAUUGGUGAUGUUGCUUUGUUAAUAGCAAUUGCAUGAAUAAUUAAUUAUGGAAGUUGAAAUUACGUUUUUUAUCUUUUUCAAUUAAAGGGUGAUUUUUAUACAAAUGUUAUUUUUUAUUUAGUAUUGUUAGCUGCAUUAACAAAAAGAGCUCAAAUUCCAUUUUCUUCUUGAUUACCUGCACCAAUAGCUGCUCCUACACCAGUUUCUUUUUUGGUUCAUUCUUCUACUUUAGUAACAGCAGGGGUAUAUUUAUUAAUUCGUUUUAAUUUUUGCUUUAAUGAGUGAUUGAUGUAUUUGUUAUUAUUUAUUUCUAGAAUGACAAUAUUUAUGUCUGGAUUAGGGGCGAGAUUUGAAUUUGAUUUGAAGAUUAUUGCUUUGUCAACUUUGAGACAGCUUGGUUUAAUAAUAAUAAUUUUGUCUUUAGGAAGUUAUGAAUUAGCCUUUUUUCAUUUGUUGACUCAUGCUUUAUUCAAGGCUUUGUUAUUUAUAUGUGCUGGAAAUAUUGUUUACAGAGUUGGAGAUUUUCAAGAUAUUCGAUAUAUAGGGGGUUUUAUUAAGUUUUAACCUUUGACUUGUGUUUAAUUUAGUAUUAGAAAUUUAUCUUUGUGUGAAUUACCAUUUUUAAAAAGAUUUUAUUCAAAGGAUUUGGUUGCCGAAAUUAUGAGAAUAGGUUAUUUAAGAUUUUAUAUUUACUUAAUUUUUUAUGUUUCCAUUGGGUUGAUUGUCUGUUAUAGAUUUCGUUUAGUUUAUGAUUCAUUUUUCGGAGGAUUCAAUUUUUUAUUUUUAAAUAGUGUUUAUGAAGGAAGAAUUACGGUGAUUAAGGGAGUCGGCGGAUUAUUUUUUUUAGUUAUUUUUAUAGGAAGAGUAUUAAGAUGAAUUAUUUUUCCUUAUCCUUAUGUAAUUAUUCUCCCUUUAUUUAUAAAGGUUCUUACUUUAUUAAUAGUAAUUUUAGGGGCUUGAAUUGGUUAUGAAUUAUCAAAGUUUUUCAUUAGAUAUGACAGGUUAUAUUAUAUAUGAAAUAUGCCUGUAAUUUCUACUUUAGGAAUUAAUUAUUAUCCUCUUGUUGGGGGUUCGUUUUUAUAUAAGUCUUUGGACUAAGGUUGAUCUGAGGUUCUAGGUAGUCAAGGUAUUUACACUAUGAUUGUCAGAGGUUCUAAGUUUCUCAAAUUUUUAUAA